AAAUAAAUAUCAAAAUGAAAUUAAUGGUUGUUCUGUUUGCCCUGAUGGGCACUGCCUUGGCCAGACCGGGAUACGAUGGGGCAGCAACCGCCCAGUUUGGUCCAGGAUCCGUUCCACAGAUCGGCCAAGGAGGGUACGGCAGUCCGCAAAACGGAUACGGCGGAUCGGCUUCCCUGAGGGGAGGAUACGGUGGCGGGCAGGGUGGAUAUGGUCAAUCUGUUCCACUGAGUGGACAGGUGGGAUACGGCGGCAGUCUGGGUGGUUACGGCAGCGCACAGAAGGGAUAUGGUGCAUCCGUUCCCCAAAAUGAAUUCGCAGGUGAAUACGCAGCCCAAGGCCGUUUGGGAGGAUACGGCGAACCCGCUCCCCAGAGUGGAAAGUUAGUAUAUGGCGGCGGUCAGGGAGGCUACGGACGACCAGCUCCCCAAUUGGGCCAGGGAUAUGCCGCAGAAGAGCUCGAAACUGGACCCCAAUUUGGCCAGGGAGGAUUUGGUCAUGGAAACUGUAAGCACGAGCAUCACAAUCACCACGGACAUAGUGGACGUUACUAAAACAGUAGCCUUAUCUAUGAACAAAAUAAAUUAAGAAUACUAAAAUUAAUAAAUCUUUUGAACUGAAAAA